UGAGAGUCCAGACGGUGGCACGAGAGGUGCAGCAGUCAGUCUGAGACGCCCCGCCAGCAGCCUUGCCAAGGCUGGGAGUCCCCAGGAGCACCUCUGGGGCAUGCUGCAGUGAGAGGCGGUUGCCCUGGGCGCCCUGCUAGCCGCCAAACACCUCGAAGCUGGCAGUUGGAGAGUGGUUGGCGACCGAGCUGGGUGGCGAAGGAGUUGGGAGGAAGGCAGGCGUCAUCACCGGCCUGUACCUCGACCUCGCGAAGCUGGAGACCCUCCUGGACAGAGCUGGUGGCAUUGCCAAGGUGACAUGCAUUGACCAAGGCCGACCAGACCGACGAGCUGUAUGGGAGGCACGACUGGAAGUGGAGCCGACACCUGAAGUCUACGUCUGCCUCGAAGCAACUGUUGGCGAGUGGUGUCAGCUCGAGGUUAUUGGCGGCAGGCCCGUUGGUGGCAAGAUGCUGGUGAGGAGCCAUGACCGUGGGACAGUUACGCUCACCGAGGGUGACGGAGCCAAGCUGUUGGACCGGGAGCUCCUUGUUGCCCUGUGGAACCAGCGGUGCCGCCUGCAGUUCCUGCCAACCUUGGUGGGGCACCGUCUUAGGGUCACCGGCUCCGUCGAUGGAUUGAGUGCCCUUGCCGACUACUUCCAGGGAGGUGGCUUGGGAACAAAGGAGUGCGGCAUCCCACUGGUUGACGACCACCAUCUUGCAGCGCUGAAGCGAGGAGAGGGAUUCAUGGACGAGAUGCUCAACCAGGAGCAGAGGAGGGCUGUGGUGGAGAUCCUGGAGCACAGGCGGCCCCACGUCCCAUACCUGCUGGUCGGCCCCCCAGGAACGGGAAAAUCCGCAACCUUGGACGAGGUCGUGCUUCAGUUGGCUACCCACCACAAGGAGAAGAGGACACUUGACGCUCUCAUCUACUACGUGGUCCCGUCCAACCUGGGGGUUCGGUCGACCGCCGAAAGGUUGUUGCGGUUGGGAAUGAGGAGCGAGCAACUGGUGCGCCUCUACUCGGAGCAUGAGCACGUGAAGGGGACCGACCCCCUCAGAGACAUCUCGCAGCGAGCUUCCCGGAUGCAACACCUCAUCACCACCAGCGUGGUCAUCGGGACCCCCAUCGCCAUUGCUCGCAUCGGGCUGACCCUUGGUGAGAGGAAUCCACCGCCCCUUCUGUUGCUGCUGGACGAGGCAGCCUACAUCAAGCUGGGAGAGGCCUUUGCGGCUCUGACGGCGAAUGGAGAGCCUGUGCAGACUGUGCUUGCCGGGGACCGGAAGCAGCUUCGGCCACGCUGUUUCAGCAAGGUGGCCGAAAGCAUGCAUGGCAAGUACAGUCUGUUCGAUUUGGCCGCCGACAGUGGAUUCUUCGAGGAUGAUGGAUUGAGGCCGAAGGAGGGGCUUGGUGUGAUGCUGCGUCUCAACUAUCGGGCCCACGAGAAGUUGGUGAGGGAGGUCUCCUGCCUGUUUUACAACGGACUGAUGAUCCCUGGCCCAGCUAGCCUCCCCUCCAACAGCCUGCUGCUGCUGCGUUUCGGGCUGGAGAGACUGGGACUCGACGCGAACCAGAGCGCCAUCCGCUGGGUGGACAUUGAUGGUGCAAUGCAACGCGACCCCCUCACCAGGUCCCUCUUCAACGUAGUGGAAGCCGACGCUGUGGUGUCCGUGGUGGACUCGCUGUGCCGGUGCAUCCCCCCCCAACAGGUUACGGUGCUUGCACCGUACCGUAAGCAGGUGGCGGUGCUCCGGGAGAAGCUCCCCCGUGACAUCACUGUCUUCACUGCGGACGAGGUGAUAGGCCAGGAGCGGCCUGUAAUUGUGGUGUCACUGGUACGAAGCGACCGUGGAGAAGACAACGCGCGUGAUCAUGGGGUGGGCUUCUUGAGGGAGCCAAACAGGGUCAAUGUUCUGAUCAGCCGUGCCAAGGAGAUCGUGAUCCUGGUAGGCUCCAGGGCCCACUUCAUCAGGAGUGGUGUUGGCUUUUGGGGAAUCCUCCCAACCAGGACUGAACCCCUCCCGGCACAGUUCUAAACAUGCUACUUAUUUAUUUCCAACUUUUCGGGACUUAUUGGUGAUUUCAUAUGGCGUGAAACGCUUCCCUUUGAAUAAUUACCUCGACACUGUUUUUGAUACUAAUCUUAUGAAUUUUGAUAACCUUAUUUUACAUGUAAUGAUAUAUAAUGUAUUUUGAACUGACCAUACUUGGUGACCUUAGACACAUAAACUAGUGAAUCCUUGAAAUAA